CGGGCACCGGCGGCAACUUCAUUUGCGGAAGACAGCGAUUGCGACGGCAGGGACUACACCAGUGUCGGCGAUCGGCGGCGACUCACAGUAGCUUCAAAGAAUGAUCUAGGCGAAGCAAAAUAUAGAAAACGUUUGAGCAAUAGUGCUGGACUUUAGUGACUGGCGGAGACUCGAAGAAGCUGUGAGACUCUAUCGACAGGAGAUUAUUUUUAAUUCUCGAGGAGCUUCAAGAGGUGGGAUACAAAUGGACAAGAGUUGGAUCCAUGCAAUUAAAUGGUCCACUGCUUAUAUAGAUGGAGUGAACUCUUUUAUGAAAUUUGUUGAAAACUUUAAUGGUCGAGAGGGAGAAAUAAGAUGUCCUUGCAAAGGCUGUUUGAACCUCAAAGUUCAAGAUAAGAAUAUAGUUAAAAUUCAUCUUUUGGAGUCUGGAAUCGAUCCUGGGUACACUACAUGGUUUUAUCAUGGGGAAGCAUCAAGUUCACGAAUAUUUGGGACUCCACAUACGAGUAGAGGGGAUGCAAGUAGUAGCGACUCCGAAGAAACUAUUGAUGAAGAAGAUGAUGGUGUUAUUGAUAUGUUAUUCGACCUUGGCCAGCAAUAUAAUCAACAUGGUGGUGAUAAUACAUUUGUUGGAAAC